AUGGCUAGUCCAACUUCCCAGUCGCGAGUCCCUAAAGCGUGUGACCCAUGUAACCGUCGCAAGGUUCGCUGCAACGGCCAGCAAAGAUGUCAGCAAUGCGAGCACCUCGAUCUCCUCUGCACCUACACAGAGAACCGUUCAUUGCGAUCAAGAAAACAUUCACUACGCCGAGGAGCCGUUAUCUCGAAAUACAAGAGCGCUAACACCAAAACAACCACUCUGACGCCACUCCUCUCUCCUCCACUGGCACCUGUAGCCUCACUCCAACUACCGACCUCGUACUUUGAAAGCCUAAUACCAGCCUACAUGACCUAUGUAUAUCCCUUCAGCCCACUCAUCACCGACACAGAAGUGCGUCUGUCAAUAUCGAAAAUGAACGAAAGAGAGCACGCAGCCUUCAUCUACGCCUUCACCGCAGUCACCCUGGACCUAACCCGGUCCUCCCAAGUCACCGCAUCCAGCACUCCACCAAUAUCAACUCAAAUAACUGACCUAAUGCGCCAGUCCGUGGAAACCCAACAACCACUAGUAAUAGGCUUCCGACCCUCAAUUCUCCGCGCCACAACAAGCGUCUUCAUCCAGAUGUGCGCCAUGAGCCUGGGCCACUACGACCUGGGCUUCUUCUACCUGCGCGAAGCAAUCAGCAUGAUCCAGAUGCUUCGCAUCGACGACAAAACUGUCAACGUUGGCCUCAGCACGGCAGAACGAGCCCGACGCCAAAGACUGUAUUGGCAAUGUUUCAUCCACGAGCGAUUCAUGUCAAUCGUGAAUUUCACUCCGGCGAUGCUGCCCCCGCACACGCAGUACCCCGAAGACGACUCGUCCGUGGGCAUUGGCAUCCAGCAAGGCUGGACGCAGGUGAUCAAGACGUUCUGCAUGCUAGAUACGUCUUUUAUCAGUUUGUGGAUUGGGGACCGUACACAGGUGACUGCGUCUUGGGUUGAGCGGAAACACCGCGAGCUAGAUGAUGCAUUGUGGGAGGUGGAGGUUUCGGCGCUGUCGGAGUUGCAGCAGGCAGAUUUGGUUAUUACGAGGCAGUGGAUGAGGACUCUGUUAUGGCAGAUGGCCAUGUCGAAUUGUUUGCUUAGUUCGCAUGCGUCGUGUCCGUCGUUGGAGCUGGAGAUGCCGCUGAGAUUGUCGAGUCAGCUCAGGCAGUUUUUGACGAAGAUCUCGCAGAAUACGAUUCGUAUGCAUGGAUCGUCGAUGAUUAGCAAGUUGUUGGAGAUUAUUAAUACUAUUGCUGAUGUGGUGAUUCAUGUACCGCAGGCGACUAGGGAGGAGACGACGAGUCGCAUUGAUGAUAUUGUGUUUAUGCAGGGUGUUGUGCUUUCAUUUCACAAUUUGCAGGUUAUGCCGAAGGAUAUUCUGUUGGAUAAGUUUCGAUUGAUUAGGGGGAGGUUUCCACAUAUUGAGGUGGCUAUGCAGUUGGCUGUUUAG